AUGCAAGUUGAAGGCUUUGCAGCAGUAGGAGCGGAGAACAUAGAUGCACUGGAGGGAGUUGAUGUAGCAGCAUUGGUAAACCCAAAGGAAGGUUGGGACACAGCAGAUGUCGGAGUCGCAAAAGAAAAGCCAGUUGCCAAGGUGGACGUGGUAGUAACAGGUGAGGACGAAGUAGUACUACCAGACGACACGGCAUCGAACGAACUCGGAGCAAAGGAACUGCCACUUCCAAAGGAGAAAGGAGAGGUCGAAAUGCUGGUGAUGGCAGGAGAGGAGGUAGCGGUAGCAGAAGAAGAGAAUAGAGGGGACGCAGAGGAGGAGGCAGGAAACGGGGAUACGAAGGAUGGAGCUGGAGCAGACGUCGUCGGCACAGAAAAGGCGGGGGGAGAUGAGGACGUAGCAAACGAAGGCACCGAAGAGACCGGGGUAGUAGAGGCGGAGGAUGGAGCAGAUGGCGAGAAAAGACUAGAGGUAGUAGAGGCGGAGGAUGGAGCAGAUGGCGGGAAAAGACUGAAGGUAGAAGCGGCGGAAGAUGGAGCAGACGUCGAGAAAAGACUGGAGGUAGAAAAGGCUGAGGAUGCGGCCGAUGAGGAGCCAAAGGUUGAGAGGCCGAAGAGAGAUGGGGAGGAACCGGCGGAGGAAGAAGCGCCUAGGGAGAAACCAGUGGCGGAAGAUGAGGCGGCGCCAGCGGCGGUGGGAGCGAAGGAGAAGGGGGAGGCGGAGGAGAGGGAGAAAGAGGAGGAAGCGGAAGAGACUGAGGAACUAAAUGGCGAGACAAAGAACAGCUGCUUCCCGUGCAUAUCGCAAGAAAGUGCACUGGAAAACAAUAUAUCUAGAUUACCAGUACAAUCACUAAUAGAUUGCGUAGAUGAUUUUGCCAAUUUAGGUAGGUAUAAUUGGUGUAAAGCUGUAUAUGACUAUAUCAGCCCACAGCUGGCGGCCAUUGGCCCGAUGCUUUCACUGAGGCCAAAACCAGAGGGCCUAUCGGGAUAUCAGAGGGUUCGCACAUCUCCUGCUGGUGAGGGGAAUUCUGAACCACUUCCUGAGCAAUUUCCUGAAGAGGCAGCCUAUGCUCAGGAAAUUCCCCACCCAGUUCCUGCACAGGCAGUAGAAGCUCUUGAUAAGCCUGAUCAAGUUACUGAGCAAAUAACUCUGGAAGAUAUUCAGGACGAAGAGGCUUGCAACAAUUGUCAAGCAAAGGACGCCGACAUUUCUCGAUUGAAGUCCAUGGUUGAGGGCAAGGACCAGAUCAUUGCCCAGAUGGAUGCUACUGAUCUCUGCAGGGAUGUAGAAGAAACUUGUGGAACAUUGAGGCAGUAUGGUCUCAAGUUGAACCUGGGAAAAUGUCUGUUUGGAGCAAAAGUUCCUGGGCUAUAUGGUGUCUGA